CUGAGGCCACCCCUUGAGGCAGUCACCGCAGACAACAAAGGACCGAUCUUGACGGUGGUGGGCUUUUCCUGUUUCUUCAUCACUUUCCUUAUUGUCCUGGCCAAGCUAGGGUCCUCUGUGUAUACAAAGGCCAUUUUCUGGAACUGUGAUGUCCCUUUGUGGAUAGCUUUGCUUUUGGCAUUCCUCCAGACCCUCCUCAUCCAGUUCACAGUCGACCAUGGCCUCGGGCAACACCGUGACAAGCUCUCAGCGUAUACCUUCUCCCGGUACAGCAAGUUAACCUACGCCGCCCAAUUGCUUCUCAUUCUCGCCCUGUACCUAUCCAAGGCCUCGACCUGUCUCCUGGUCCAUCACCUCACACCUAAACGACAGAUCACCCGCGCAAGCUCAAUUCUGCUGGCGGUGAUAACGGUCUGGAUGGUGUUUGCCCUGCUAGGAACGGCCCUGCAGUGUUCCUCGCCGCGAUGGGAGUAUCUUCCCAACCGAUGUGCGGGAGAGGGCGCCAUUGCGUAUCCCAUCAUCGUCUUCAACAUUGCCACCGACCUGGCCCUCAUUAUCAUCCCCAUCGUCAUGCUUUGGACCGUCCAGAUGACCUGGCAGAAACGGCUACAGGUCAUCUCUGCUUUUGCGUCGCGGGUCUUGGCGGUGAUCGUGAGUCUGGUAGAGCUGGCAUUACUACCAAAAUACCUGAAAUCGACCGAUCCUACUUGGACUAUUGUCAAUGUUGCCAUCUGUAAUGAACUCAUGAUGUACGUCAGCAUCAUCGCGUCUUGCAUGCCGUCCUUGUACCGAGUGCUGCGCAGCCUGACCACCGGGUUGAACGACAUGCAUCUGUCCGGCGACAUCGAGCUGUUCACGACGACGCCAGGAUCCUCGUCGCGAUACAACCGCUCCGGAUCGCACAACCCUAAUACGAAGCGAUCGUCCCUUCUC